CACCUCUCCAUUUAUUAAUCUUGAUAGAAUCAAUACUACAACAUAGAUCUUCUUGAUCGGUUUAUGACCUGCUAAAUACAAUGUAAAAUCACGGCGAAUUCUCUUUAACGAAUUUCUACCUCUAUCGCUACCCCACAACGCGUCACCUAUCUCAUUUCCAAGGGUAGGGGUUUUCGUGGCAUAAUUAAAUACCUUGAAAAGAUCCACGAUGUCUCUCCAACCAGACGACCAGUUUCUCGAAGAUCAACAAUCCCUGCCAUUGAGCCAAGCAUCCCAGCUUCUAACUUCGUUCACACAAUUCCUCACGAUCUGUAUUCACAAUAUCCUCUAUUAUCGCUCCAUAUAUCCAACAGAGACGUUUCUCACCAGCCGGGCAUAUAAUCUACCAGUCCACCAGUCCAGGCAUCCGAAAGUGUGUUCCUGGAUCCGAGAUGCUGUUGAUGCUGUAAAGGCCCAGCUCAUACUUGGUGUUGUAGAGCGCAUUGCUGUCGUGAUCUAUGACGGACAGGCAAGAGUAAUGGAACGCUGGAUGUUCGACGUCGCUAGCUUCCCCGCUUGGAAAGGCUUCACGGAGGCUAAAAACAUAAGGAUGGAUGAAGAAGACGAGCUAGACGAAGAAAUACUGGGCAAUAUCGAGAAUGCUAUGGAGGGGAAGGUUAACUGGGCAGAUGUAGAUGAGCAGUUACGUGCUACCGUCAGAAAGUUAGCCUACGCCGCUGAAAAGUUAAAACAACUUCCCAAUGGAUGCACCUUCACCAUCGCGGUAGAGCUGCGUGAUGAGGGCGAGGCCCCGAUUGGCCAUCCUCAACCAUGGAUACCUACACAAUCAAAUCUACAGACUAAGUCCAAGAACAGAGAAACGGCUGGUCAAGAUGUUGGAGGAGCUAAGACGACUACUCUUCGAGCUGUCGAAGCCGGUCCCCUAUUCUUCGAAUGUUGGGUGGAAGAAGGCGAAGCUAAAGAACAACACUCAUCGAAUACUUCCCGCGAAUAAGGUACCUAGUAUAUAUUCAUAUCAAUUUCAGGCCUACUGCUAUCGUAGUAUAUCAUGGACAUUGUCAUAUUAGUCAUACCAUAAG